CAUACCAAUAAUUGGAACACGGGUUGGGUCGGGUUCUACGGGUUGUGUAAUCCAAAAUCCAAACCCAACCCAAAAGAGGCGGGUUGUACAAAAGAAAACCCUCACCCAACCCAAAAUCUUCGAUUUAGCGAUAAAUACGGGUGGGUUGGGUCGGGUUGGACGGGUGGGUCGAUUUGCGGGUGUGUUUGUUCACCCCUACAUAAGACCCAAACUGCUGGAGCCUCCAACUAUUUUCUAGCUAGAUUGCUGGCGACUUGAACAGUUUUGGUAAAUCACAUCUGCUGACAACGAUUUGAAUAAAAUUGCUUCGGUAGAAUUUUCUUACAGUAAGUUUGGUAUUUUGGGGGGAAAAAAUCCACUGCAACUGGACACCCCAAUUGCCGUUAGGGCUAAGAACAACGAACGCACAUUGUGAGCAAAUGGACUGCGACCGAGAAUAGUAAUCUUCAAUUGUACAUAGCCUGCAGCUUAAUUAUAUUAUUAUUAUUAUAUAUAAACAAAUUGCCGCUUAUAGCCUCUCUAUAUAAAAUCCACACCAGCAAAUUGUGGUUGAGAGAAAGCCACAACAACAAUCGAAUUCGAUUGAGAAAUCAUGGCAACAAUGAUACCUGCCGCAGUCUUCGCCGCCGCCGUCGCAGUUCUUGUGUUGGGCGGCAGCACUAUUUGCCCUUUCGCCGAAGGCAAAACCCAGGCAGUUGACACCGUGCCGGUGCUGUGCAACGGAAGGAAUUUUACUGGCGGCGAGCUGCGUCAGGCCAGGGCGGCGAGGGACAAGGUUCUAGGCCGAUUGGUAUCCCAAACGUUGUCACGGACGAAUAAGCCAAAGGUCUGCACCACGGCCGACGACGGCGGUGGUAAGAGUACUACUAUCUUCGGCUUCGCUUCCUGCGCCACGUCGAAGCGAUGUGGCGGCGGCGGCCGCGACCGUUGUUCCACCACAUUCGAGGAUUGCUCCACGUGUCUUGGCGCCGCCAGAGAUCUGCUGAAGGAUGUCUGCAGUAAGGCUACCGGCGGCCAGGUUGAUCUGAAAAUCGCGAAUCCGAAAUGUUUCAUGAGAUUUGAGAGCACCGAGUUCUGCUAAGUCAGCCUACACUACAGUCUUCUUAAUUCCUUCGUUGUACCGUCUCCUUAAAUGCCUAGCUAGAGGUACUAAUUAAUACCAUUGAAAGGUGAUUUGAUUUGCGCUUUAUACUUAUUGUCAAUUGUCAUUAGUUUCAUUUUCAUCCAUAUGUUUUGCUUAAUGUAAAAGAGGGUAAUUGUCAAACGGUAGUUGAAUGAAUUUUUUUUAUGAUAUGAACAACCAUAUUAUAUACACAAGAGAUCAAAUAAAAUUACGCAUGUUUA